AUGUUAACUGUAUCAUAUACUCCAAACAGCAAUAGAAAGUAUCUUGCCACACAAUCAGCCAAUCUACUCUCUGCAUCGCAUGCACACGUCUCUGCAGGCUAUUUACCCAAAAUGCAGCAAUCCCUCAUAGAGAUGUUCAGGGAUGCGUGCUCGCGCUUUUCUGACCUCCCAUUUAUGUUUUUUCGUAAUGGACUAGCAACAACACUUCCUGAAAGGCCCAGGGACAACACUUGUCAAGAGAGCACACAGGCUGUCAGCGCGCCUUCCCCCUUUACCAACCUUUCCUAUGCUAAGGCAGAGCGCAUGGUCAACCAUGUCACUGCCGCCUUUCAGUAUCUGGGGAUUAGGAGCGGAGACAUGGUUGGGCUCAUGGCAGCCAACUCUCCCCUUUGGCUCAUCUCAGAUCUUGCCAUUAUGGCGCGUGGCGCCGUCACUGUUCCCGUUCCAACCACGAGCAACCAUGAGAAGCUUGCAUACAUCAUCCUCCACUCGGGAAUGAAGCUCAUCAUAACUCAGAAGCAGUAUGUGAGUCGGGUUCUUGGCGUUGCCCAUCGCUGCGACAACCUCCGCCUUGUAUUAUCGUUGGAUACGCUUCCCGAUAGCCCUAAUUUGAUCAACGCUGCGUCCAUGGUGUUUGGUACCUUGGAACAAGAACUCCUCACAACGUCCGUCAUAGACCAGAUGAUCUACGAUGAGUUUUUCAAUUCUGCGGAUGGAUCUCCCUCCGCGCACGCACUAGCAUCUCCGUUACAAGGGAUGCGGACAGGGAAUUCUCCCCUCCCUUGCCAAGAGGCCUCUGCUGUUGUUGACAAGUUGGAGGAUCCGCCUGCCAGCCCCAGUUCUAAUAUCUUAUCUAUUGACGGUAUAUCAUAUCUAAACGAAAUUCGCAACAGUAAGGUCUCGACACAGGCACACCUUGAGGAUAGGCUUGGGUCCUACUACUUACGUGACGGACGGGUCUUUACGUGCUUUGCUAACGGAAAGCUCAGUGCUUGCAUGGCACCCUUUCCAGCCAUCUUAAAUCAAACGUCGACCAAACACGACCGACGAACCCUAGAACACACUGUCGACAAGAAUCUUAUAGAUAUCUCAUCGUAUCUGCGUGCACACAUAUCGGAUGCAAACUCUAUUGAAAAUUGUUUGCUAGAUUCUGAACCAGCUGUAGUGCAGAGCUCAGCGGUAACUUGUUCCGAUAAGCCCGAGAGCGACGACCCCGCGCACACCCCUAACUUAAAUGGAGCUCAGGCAGGACUUAAGCAUCUUCUAGAAGACGAGACGCCUCUGAACAUCAUAUCGCUAGAUGUCCUGAUGCAGAAGACGAAGCACAUUAAAUACACUGCUCAGAACGACGUGCGCGCCGGCGCCACUGAUAUCUGCAGCAUACUGUAUAAAUCUAAUAAGAAGUCUAGUUCUCCUUCCCCGCCUAUUGUCGGACUAGGGGUCACCUAUGGUGCGUUUAUUUCGGCCAUGACAUCACUUGCACUGGGCUACCUUCCUGGGCAUAUGCGCUCCCCAUGUGAUCCAUACAUUAACCCCUUUGCAGAUGCUUCCGAAACAUCAGACAUUAUUCAAGCAAACAAGCACCAACCUUCUUCAUCUCACGAACGGGACAAAAAGGGGCAGUCUAGGACUGGCUCACAAAACCUAGCAAGUAAGCAAAGCCCAGGAAACUCAGCAAAGCAUUUGACCAAUAUCUUUGUUGGCAGAGGAUCCGGGACGAGAGCCUUUACAGCCGAUGUUAUCCUGCCAGGAAGUCCGUCAAUCAAAUCAUCCGGGUUUGUCCACCACCAGCCCUCCUUUCUCUCCCAUCUUCCUCUCUCCAUGCCCUUUGAGAGGGUUCUUGAGCAUCUCGCAUACAUUAGAGGCUACCAAAUAUACUAUUCAUCCGGAAUCGACAGACAAUUUAUGCUUGAUCUGAGAGACAGUCAAUGCACGCUAUUUGUGGGAACAUGCCAGAUAUAUCAACGAAUCUACAAGGCGGGGCUGACAUAUCUGACUGAACUGGGAAAUAAGGAAGUCGACCGCAUAGAGAAGGAUCUCGAGCGACGUGCAGAUAAGAUGGACAGCAUCUGUCAGGAGUCGAUGUUCCUGGAUCAGGUUGGAGUUGAUCAGCUGACCUCUGGUCCUUUCGGGCCUCUCACUGUCAAUCUAAACGUUGACUUGGCUGCUGCGGAUUAUACUAAGCCGCAAACCAGUAGCGACGACCCCCAUGCGCUUGCGAUCCAGAAGGUGUUUGCUCACUCGCAAAAGGCGCUCAUAAAGGCCUCCCGCGUGGUCCCCGAACGAGUCUCUAAUGAUGAUUGCAAAAGGAUACUGGACACAUUCUCUUCGUUUAGAAAUCAUCGGUUAACACCAUAUUACAAGACCACGGAAAGGAUUAUCGCCAAGCAUCAUCGCCUUGCCAACGCGUUUUUAUCUCCAAUAUUGAAAGCAAAUGGUCGCCUAUCGCAAUCCCUAAUGGUAUCCCUGAAGACGCUUUUUUACCAGUCACAGGUGAGCACGUUAAAGCUCCCCUCAACUCUAAGGUUUAUCAAUGCUCAAGCCUUUGGAGGCAAUACGACUCACUUCAUUUCAAUCGGCGGCCCGCUACAGCACAAGGUCAUUGAGUUCUUUCGGGUGGGCACUGGGGGUAUCUUUUCAACUGUCUAUGGGGUCUCAGAGUUUCUGGGGCUGGGAUGCUACACAUACUAUCAUGACCUGCCGUCCUACGAAGGUUUGCUGGGCAGAUCCAUGCCAGGUAUUUCCAGCGUGGUGAUGGACUGCAAGGAGAGGUGUGAGUUUUCAUUGGAAAGAGACGGGGUUGGUGAGCUUUGUUUCAAGGGGAAAAUGGCUGUUGCGGGCAAUUACUCUGGAUCCCUCCUCUUCCGGAAGAUCGCUCACAUGUUCAAGUUCUGCUCUAGUCCCUUCAGGAUGUCAACUCUGGGUGUUGUCAAGAUUCUAAAGAAAAAGGUUGAGCAUAUGGGUCUCUUCAAGGCCCCCAAUCUGGCUGAGAGACAGCACAGUAUAGCCGUUGCUUUGCUGUACGCUAUUAAUGCCGAAAAUUCACGGUUAGAUUCUAAUGACAGCGGCCAGCUGAAGCCCAUUAGAACAGUAGCUUCUUCGACCCAAUCGCCGAGCCAUAACAAUGAUGCCCAAGAGUCUCCAGAACCCAACUCAGCUCUGGCCGCAGCAGAUACACAGGCUAUUUCUAAGGACAUUAUCAAGAGACCGUCACUGUUUGGGCCAGAACCUGGCUCUGUCGACGACACUCCCACGUCUUCUGGUGCACAAUUAGGAAUUGCAAGCAUAGUCAAUAAACAAGGGCUUGCGGGCUUCUCUAAGUUCUCUAGCAUGAGUGUAGAAGAUUUACGACUAAACCCUCCACUCAUGUCGCAAACUGCCUCGUCUGUUCGCCAAAGCAUAACCAUUAGCGAGCUGAAGCUCAACAAACUGUCUGGCUCUGCCUGCGGAAUUCCCCUGAGCGUCAAGGACCAGAGCUUUGUACGAUCCAGUCAGCCAUCAGAAAAACCAAAAAGCAAUACCCUUGCGACAUCGCCCUCUAGAGAUACGUCCCACGAACUUUGCGACCAAGACGUUCCUCUCAAUGUGGUACUGAAAGGCAUUUGUUCUCCAGAUACAAUAAUCAGUGAUGAAAUGCCUGAGCUUAAGAGCGUACCUGCACCUCUCGGCAAGGAGUCCACCAGCGCAGCAGAUAUCCUUCCUGUGCAUGCCGAACCUUGCACCACUGAUACAUUCUUAGACGCAUACUCAAAGCGGUAUACCUCACUGUCCCUCUUUCAAGGGUCAUUUUCCUGUCCGCAGAAAAAGCAGUGUGAUCUCUUUAAAGCUAAUGACAUCUUUGAUGCAGACGGGUACUUCCAUACUGGGGACUUAAUCAAGCUUCUUCCGGACGGACGCCUGGUCUACUUGCGAUCGCUCCACAAACACCUUGUGCUCGGCAAGCAGAUUCUCGACAGAGAUCUAGCAAACAGAAUCAUUGAGAGCAUUCCAUACAUAAUAACGUGUUGCCUGUUUGCCAAUCCCAAUACUAACUACACAGUAUGUAUUAUCAACUGCAAGAAGUAUUUGCUAGAAGCCCGGUACAGAGAACAGAAGAUUAAGCUCAAGGGAGCCACCUCCCAUGACGUUGUGUUAGAGACCUCUGGAAUCAAAGGUUGCGAAGAUACCUUGGAUUCAGAGGGAGAAGUGGCCGUCGUUGAGCGGGGCCUUACUCCGUCUGUCCAAUCGAUGUCCUCCGUCAUCAGUAGCAAGAUCUCAUCGCGUGAUGGGCUUCUGUGCGAACGCUACGGUAAGGACGAAGAUGAUCUAAUGAGAGUCUUUCUGCCAGUCGUGUCUCCGACCAAUUUCACCAGAGCGCUGGCGCAAGCGGUUGAACGCUUUGUACUAGAAGAUAUAGCCGCCGCCAUAAGAGCUGCAGGGUUGUCAGAGACCUACAUACCUAAAAAAAUCAAAAUCUAUAUUGACCGCGAGAUGGACUUCAAUCGGGUCCUGUAUACUCACAAUGGACAGAAGAACUAUCAACAGUUCGACUACGUAUUUAAGGCAGAUGUACGAUACCUGUAUUCCGUGUAA